AUGAAGUCACGGAUAGCGGGAAUCGUUUGCCUGUUUCUCCUGGAGAUUGGUUUCCUGACUAAUGCGCAAGGUACAGUACACCGCUUCGUCAGACAAAAGCAGCAAAACAAGACAAAAACAACAAGAAAAUAAUAUUCAAAAAGAAAAAAGCCACAAAAACUACGAUCAAAACAAUAAGAAAAAAACAAGCAAAACAAUCACAUCAACAACCAUGAAACAAAUAAACAAGCAGACUCCAAGCGUUUAGUUUGGGUUGCCUAUUGUCCAAUGUUUAGUCAUCGACAGUAGUUCUUUGAUUCACAAUGACUUUGGUUUUCUUGGAUCACUGAUCUUCGUCCAUCAUUUAGAAGAGUCGCGCACUCACUUAUAUGGUCUAUAAGUUAAAUGGAGAUUAUUCCAUGAAAAGGGCGCGCGAGCGAUUUUUAUCCAUGAGUUCCGAUGCAUCGGAAAAAAAAGGAACGAGUUGAUGGUACCCCUCAGUGUUAAUCUCAGUGUGUUCUCCAAGCCUCGUUUGCAUUAAAUGUUCUUGAAUCUUGGUCACUUCCUUGUUAUUUUUUGUGAGGUUUCUUGUUUGUGUUUUGGAUUUCAGUGUUUUUGGGAAUACUCUCAUUAAAAUUCACUAGUCUUCAUCAUGUAAGCGAGGCCUAAAGUUGAAAAUUUGGUAUUCUGACGUAAGCAUGCAUGAGACCUUUCGCCACGAAUCUGUGAGGAUCAUUUUAUCAAAAACACUAAAUUAAUUUGAUUUAUUAUUUUGAAGGGGUUCCUGGUUUGACGGCCCACUUCAUAAAUGAAACCGCCGUUAAUGUGAGUUGGAAUGCUCCCUCUAGCAAUGAAAAGAUCGCCAGCUAUGAAGUCAUUAUUUUAGAGGGAAAUGCUGAGCUGAACAAUAUAACUGUGGACAAUAGCACACGUUCUGUUAUUAUUCCUUCUCUGGAUUAUUGUAAAUCAUACACGGUGCAAGUGAUCGGAAUCUUGAAGAACGGGUCAGUGAUAACAACUCCAGCACCCGGGAACGUUACCACUUAUCAAUAUAACACUCGUUGCGGUAAGAAUAAUUUUCCUUUUUAUUCAUUUCUGGGGGAGGGAAAUGAGAUCACAUGGUUUUAUUUCAGGGCGAGCGGAUAGGAAAUCAGUCGUCGCUAAUAGAGUAUAAAGCGGGGGAUUAUAGAGAAUUGACUGCUAAUAAAGGAGGGAGGGGGUCGUUAGUAUACUUCAGAGCCUUAGGGGGAUCAGGUUAAUUUUAUUGUGAUACAACCAAACCCUUCCGCUCCCCUUUCCCCGGCGGCAAAUAAUGACCAUAAUGACCAGUCCCCCACUAAUUUUUGGUCUAAGUCAGUAAACUAGCGUACCAGAGUGUCUCAAUGGAAACACGCAUUGUGUUACGUAUUUCAAAGGAAGAUCUUAUCCCGAGUGGAGUCCCGACUUGGUGUGUUAACUAUUUGUUUUGAUGAAACAACGCAAUUGAAACUAAGGUCAUCUAUUCAAUCGACGAGAAACUCUUCUCACGCAGAGUCUAAGUCUCUUCUGAGUCGGCAAAGGGGCCAUCAACCUUCAUUACUAACUUAUGUUCUCGACCCACGUACUCACAGUUCCAAGGUACAGUGGGUAAGGUCAUUGAUCCAUAACGUUUGUGUAAUAUCCAUUGAUUGGUAAUAUUCGCUUAUUUUCUCUUCGUAGCCGCACCCUCUAUAGCGCCCAAGACGCAGAAGGUGUACGUGCGCCGUGGCGAUCCAGUAACUUUGAAAUGCAACUACUCAGGGAUUCCAACACCGUCUCUAUAUUGGAGAGUGGAUGGCCCUAGUGCGAAUAAAGAUGUCAGGCAGGGAAAUCCAGUGAAUUUAAUCAACGAUAAUGAUCCCAUGGCGUCAGAAGUUCAGACGCUGACUGUAAAAAACGGAAACUUGCAAAUCUCAAACGUUGACGAUCUGGACAAAGAGAGAGUUUAUAAGUGCGUGGUUGAGAAUCGUCUGGGAAAAGCCUCAAGCAAUGUUACGUUAACUUUGGUCGGAGGUAUGGGGUUUACUUCUAGCACAGUUUUUAUAUAUAUAUAUAGGAAGUCUGCAAGUCGAUUUUCGCGUGGAACAGUGCUCAAUACGUUGAAGCAGAGCAGAAUAAAUAUUAUGAGAGGAAAAAAGGACGUAACUACAUUUCCCGACAAGCCUGUUUCGUGAAUCGCUUCACUCUUCAGGGGUUUAAGAUUAAACCCCUGAAGAGUGAAGCGAUUCACGAAACAGGCUUGUCGGGAAAUGUAGUUACGUCCUUUUUUCCUCUCAUAAUAUUUAUAUAUAUAUAUAUAUAUAUAUCUUAAAGGACUAACACCUUAAGUAAUAAAUUAUCAACUUGGCUGUGGAAUUUUAGCGGUCGACGUGAUAAUGACCCAUAAUCGUUUUCAGACAAUAAUUAUUUGGAUUGACUGUCUUCAUUUUGACAACAACAACAACAACAAACCAACAAUUAUGAAGACAAGUUCUGGAUGUGGAAGGUACUUUGAAGUCCCUACAUCUUCCUGAACUGAAAAUACUCAUCAAUAUGGACUGAUCGGUUUUUUUCGACAAAGUAUUGUAAGUAAAACCAUAAAAACACUGAUAAAGGGGUAAGUGUCUAAGGAGACUGUGGUGCUGCGUCGGUGGAAGAGUAUAACAGGGUAAUGUAGUAUUAUGAACUGAGUUGAUAACGUAGAUUAGCCUCCGUGAAGAGUUUUCGAAGCAGACGUUUCGAGUUAGCCCUUCGCCAUUCGCUCAGACGAAGGGCUAACACUCAAAGUCAGCUUCGAAACUUUUACGGUGGCCAAUUUACGUGAUCAAUUCGGUUGAUCCUACUAAAUUACCCAUAAAAACACUGAACUUUACAUGCAUUUGUUCCAGUUCACGUAUUUUUCAGUUAUGUUCAAUGUAAGUAUCAAAAAAAGUUUUCGCCUGCUUCUUUAUUUUAUUUUCUCUCUUUUUCUUCUGUAAGGUUGUAACUUGCUUAAUCCGUAAAGAAAUCUUGCAAACAUUGACUUAUGAUUGUUCACAGGCAACAGCCAACCAUAGAGCGCGUACAGUAGAUUUUAAUUCAUUUCACACUUCCUAUAAAUUAUGUUAACAGACUACCCUGAGCAGUACUACAUUAACUAUCAGUUGCUCAGUACUUGCUGAAUCCUGACGUCGCUUGGUUUUCUCGCUAAAACCUAAUUGGUUGCUUUCUUCGAUUCAUGUGAGCAUGUUAUUUAAAUGUUGGGCUAAUAUUCACGCUUUGUAUUACUUUAUCGGCAGUUUAUGAGACGGUACAAAUGGACAUUAAAGUGGAAUGGACCUCAGAAGUCCGAAAGCAUUACCAAAACAAUGCUACGCUCAACAGCUUCCUUGGUCAGCAGAUUAAAUCAGAGGUUAGAUCUUAUCUAGAUGGUAAACAUUGCAAUAAGCACCUUAUUCGAUGGACAUUUUGCGAGCUGCCCAUUAUUUUUCCGAGCCUUGUAGGGGCGAGGAAAAAUAUGAGCAAUGAGCUCGUAUUGUAUGUUAAACCAUCAAAUAAGGGAUUUAUUAUUCCACUAUUGUUUCAGUUUUUACUGUCUUGAUUUUUCUUUAGUAUGCGAAAUACAUUGUACGGCCUUAUCUCUGCAUCGUAUCGAUUGCAUAAGGAGUACGUGAAAGACGAAAACAACACGAACAAAACCAUUACAGUGUUCUUAGUUACCAACGAAAAAAAUCUCUCGUGCUUUUAAGUCCCUUUCUUUAAAAGUGGAGCCUAAAAAACGAAUUAAAAUUCAAAAUUUAGAUCGCUCAGUGCAGCCAUUUUGUUGCUCCGGAUUUUUGGUCUGCUCUACAGUGUAAUACCGCCGCAUGUUUUGCGCGUUCUUGUGACCUUAUUUGGUAAAAUUAUAUUGAAAUGAAGUGAUGAAUAUUUAUAUGUGAUAUUCUUGUAGGUGGGAAACUUUUCCUCAAAGCUACAGGAUAUGAGAGUGUCAGUUAUUCGCACAGUUUGGAAAGUGGAUGUUGAGUGAGUAUUCAAGAGAUUUUUGGUGAAUUGAAUGUACAUUUACUACUUUUUUUUUACAUACACUCUCGCCGUUCGGGUUAGAAGAUUUUCUUUUGCCCGAACCGACGCAAGGGACUGAAUUAGUCAAAAUAAUUUGGUUUUAUUAACUGAGUUGAUAAUGUAACUUGACCACCGUAGAGAGAUUUUAAGGCUGACGUUUCGAGCACUAUUAUAAUUAUUUUUAAUAUUGUUAUUAUUAAUAUCAUGGUUAUCAUUAUUAUUAUUUAUUACUAAGUUAAACCCGUUGUCAUAGAAAACUAGAGGACCGUGGUUCGCUCUGACGAAAGGCUAACUUUAAAUUCGAAGCGUCAGCUUUAAAAUCUCUCUAUGGUGGCCAAUUCAGUUGAUAAAACCAAAUCAUCUUGUUCUACCCCCACUGACCUGACACGAAAAUUUUUUUAGACAUUUACCCCCUUAAUUCAUUAUUAUUUAGUCAGUCUGGUAAGCAUAAAUUUGGCUAAGGUCGUCGAUACGUCAAUCAAUUCCAUUGACAAGAAACCUUUCUACUCUCAACAGUAAGAUUACAAUACAAGAUCCUUCAACUGUUACUUCUAAAUUUAAACUAUCAAAUUUAUCUUUGAUUUGCUAUUCAAUAAUUUCAAACUCGGCCAGUGUAGUACGCUUACCACGCCAUCCAUGGCACCUAUGGAAACAACUCAAUAUUAAUUGCGCUUUCGUUCUUUAGGGUCAUUAUGAAUCUUUUUAUCAAUGCGACGACGACAGAAGGAGAUCCGUCAGAUGAAAUAGAAAAAGGAAUCCUGAGGAUGGCAGACUCAAAAAAGUUUGGUGUGCUUCCUAUUAAAAGCGUCACUAUUUUAGGUAUGCCUUUUACUUCCUCUUUUUACAGUGAUAUCAUGAACAUGGAAUACAAAGUUUCUUCACGCCUCUCGCACAAAUCACCUAGGGCCGGUUAUUUAAACAGAUUUUAGCUGUUGUUUACCAAAACCGCGUUCCAAGCCAUCUUCAAUUUAACCGAACCAUUUAUCUGAACAUUGAUUUUUGUGAACAGAGUCAACCCUCUGAUAGUGAAUCUCUGAGGAUUUGGGUUACACCUUGUAUAAAUAACCGGCCCUUAUAGUUUGAUGAUGAGGUCAAAGAAGUAAAGUCUGCACCCUGACGAAACUGCCCUUCUACCUGGAACUUAUCCUGGUUUCUGUUGCGGGAAGAGACUAGAUAGAAUGCAAGUCCAUUACACAUUACAGCCCCCCCCUCCCUUCCCCAGUCCACCGUCAGGACUCCUUGAAAGUUUGCUGAUACCCAUCUAUACUCCUGGGUGGAGAGAGGCAUGGUGAAGAGUAAAGUGUCUUGCCUUAUAAUACAACACGAUAAGACGGCCGGGACUUGAACCCGAACUUCUCAACUCAGACUUCAGCACGCAAACCGUCAAUCCAGCGCGGAUUGCGAAGUCUAACAGACAGAUAAAAUGACAAAACUAUUUCUAAUUAUGCCGCAGAUUUACCUCCGCCACCCCCGACAAACUUGAGACUUGAUGACAUCCAAGCUAAAGAAGCCACCAUCACGUGGCAGCCACCACACCACCCUGAAGUGUACGAAGUCAGUGGGUUCACUGUGCAGAUGAAAAAGGUUCUAGGUGGAACUGGAUAUGUCACUGAAAUGUCUGUGGGCGCUGAUCUCACCAAAGCGCAACUGACUAAGCUCGAACCUGAUACCGAGUACCUGGUACGAGUUACGGCACAUAGGGAUAAAAGUGGAAAAAUCGGGUUGUCGCAGCCAUUAGAAAUGACUACCGAGAAAGGUGCGUAGUUAAGGGUUUGUAUCGAGCUUUUGAUUUAACAUUGUUAAUCGUUGUUACUGUUGUUAUUGUUGUGGUCGUUCUUAUACGAGUUUUUUUUUUCUUACACUUAGCCAUACUGCUGCCACACUUCUAAUCCCCUUUCUGAAACAUUCUUAGCUCAGUUACUGGGUUCCCACAGUGUCAGGAGUAUUUUUCUUUCAAUAAAUGCAAUUAAUACUUCACUGUCUCUCUUUUGAGGUGCCUCUUGAAACAAUUUCAUAGAUCAGUUAAAGCCCUGUUUAAUUCUUUUUUGACUCUACUGCUUUGCUCGCCUUGCAGGCACACAAGUUGUCGCCAUAGUCGUUGGUAUACUUGCAGCAGUUCUUGUACUAGUCGCGGUGGUGGUUGCUGUUGUGUUUUAUCGUAAACGUCAAUUUCCCCCUCGAGACGAAGAAAGAAGGUUUACCUUAGAUGAGGUUUGUGUGCCUCUAUUUUUAACGUCUGUAAUCCUUGUAUUCCUUGCGUCUAUAUCUUCAAAUCUUGUGUUAAGCCUUUGACGAGGAAUUUAUUUCGACGUGACGGUUGAUUUUCCAUCGCCGUUUGAGACAUUCGUUAAUUGCAUGAAAUUGGACAACUGUUUCCAAUGAAGUAAAAUCUACGGAAACUCAAAACGUUAACUCUACAGAAACAUCUCAAAAAGCUUCUAGGAUGUCAUUUUCGUUCUUUGUUUGUGUGUGUGUGUGUCUUUUUUCUUUUGGUCAUACUCCUUUAUUUGCCUUGAUUUCAUGAGUCUGACAUAGUCACUAUAGUCCCUGCUCUGUUAAUAAUGUUUUUAACUUGUUUAGUUACAACUAAGGCAAGGGAGAAGAACCUACGGUCCUGCUGGUGACACAAACCCUUACGAGUUUAAUGCGCAACACCUCCACUUGGUUCCAGAGAACUUCCAUCGAAAUUGGCCUGAAAUCCCGCGGGAUUACCUCAAGAUUGGAGACGAACUUGGCGCUGGAGCUUUUGGUGUCGUAAAGAAAGGAUUUCUAAUGCGAAACAAUAAAGUCAUUGAAUGCGCUGUAAAGAUGUUAAAAAGUAAGUUCUUUAUAUAAGGUUACGUCUACAAUAUAAGGCUUUUUGUAAAUAUAUCACUUUGACUACUGCGUGAACAAAAAAAUGGCAGUAUGUAAGCUGAUGUGAAAUAAUUUUUUACACAUUUUUAAUGAAAAUGCUUUUCUAUUUACCCAAAAACAAAAACAGUAAAGUCUGGAUUGUUUCUCCUCAAACUUGCUGAAGAGAGAUUCGUUUCAAAGCUAUUUUGAUGUCGAACUCCCCAUACUAAUAAACCCUUCUCUCCCAAGAUCUCAUCAGCAAUUCUCCUUACUAUCUGUCAUACAAUUCUUAUGAUGUUAGUUCUGAGAAUUUGAUAUUAGAUCAGCUAAUUGAUGUUUCUCUUUUUUUUCUUACUUUUUGUAUACUUGAUAUUGUAUUGGCACUGUGAGGAGAAAUUCUGUCUUGGUCACUCACGGUAGUUAAGGGUUAACUUUUUUUAAUUAUUCCGCCAGAACACGGAACUGAACUAGAGUUACGAGAUUUGUUCAACGAGCUUAACAUCAUGGCUUCUGUCGGAAAUCAUCCGAACGUGGUGAGCUUGAUUGGAGCAUGCUCAGACGAUGGUAAGAAUCAUCGCUUCGCAAGAUUACAUCACCUACCCCUCCCCUAACUCAACAACAGUUAAUUGACAACAAGUUAAGGUUAAUGUUGGGUUAGGGGAGGGGUAGGUGGGCAGUUGCCCAGAUACUGAUAUCGAUCCACGCGUCCAGGGUUUAAUGUGGUAUGCUCCAGAAAGAAUAUUACUAUGAGCUGUAUUAUACACACAUUUUGAUUCGUUAUUAUUUAACAUCUAGUUGAGGGCAGACGAAUAGAUGUUGUCACCAUUAACAACAUUUUGUUUUUUUUUAUCAUAUUAAACAAAUAGAUUUCACUUUACCUUGGGUCUGUAAUAGAUUAAUAAUAAUUAAUAAUUCUGUAAUAGAUUACAGAAGACAUCAAAAUGUGACAAGAAUAUCAGUGACACACACGGCUGCACCACGUGUGCCCCUUUUUUUGUUCUAACCACAUUUUGACAUCAUUUGUGAUCUUUUACCUAACAACAUGGAAUCUGAUUGUCAGGUAACGCCCUCAUCGACACUUGUAGUCAAAUAAUAUACCAAAGUGCCUGAAUAGUGGUAGUAGAUCCCAAUAUGAUGCUUAUAUAAUGACAACAUUUCGGUGUACAUACCAGGGAAAAGACAAUGAGAUUCUAUUUCAAUGCUCCCUGACGCCAUCAUCCUGUCGUUUGGCUGUGGUUCGCUAUAUAUGGAGGCAAAGAGAGAAAGUAGGUUUGUGAUGGAAGCUCCUUUAAGACCAAAAAAAAGCCGUUGGGUAGAACCUUUUUUGCGCAAUCGGUCAAGGGGUAAACGUAGUCCUCACUUCCGGAUGUCGCAUCGUUUGUUUCUUCCACAGGUCCUCUGUGGGUCGUAGUUAAGUUUGCUGAAAACGGCUGCUUGCUGGAUUACCUUCGGAAGCACAGAGAAGAGAACUACAAAGACCCUAAUUACGUCAACGUAAAAAACAAGGAUACUGAGCAGGAGGAGUCCAAAGGAAUAACCAAUGCUGAAAAAACUCGCUUCGCGUACGGCAUUGCGAAGGGAAUGAAUCACUUGGCAAAAAUGAAGGUAGGAAAACCACCAUGAUAAGAUUCGUUAGCAUUCCAUUUGAGUCACAAAGUUUUAUCAGUUGGUAAUUUAUUUGGUGUAUUUUUGAAGCCUUUUUUAAGAGGGAGAAGCGAAUUUAAGAGUGGUCUGGCAAUUUCUCUUUUCUUUACCCCUUCUGUAGAUUUUUUAAGGCUUUUGUCUUGCUACAAUAAAGUUCUGCUACAGAAACGACAACAUAGAUUCAGGGAAGAAAAGAAUGCAAAUAGAUACGGGUCCACCAUGGAUUCCUAACGUUUUUCUGCAAACAAAAAUUUAAUUCCCCAAACAAAUGUCCUCAAUGUAACCUCUUCGAGUCAACCGCUCUGAGGAAUUGCGGUAGUAGGUUAAUCACUCUUCGUAAAGCAAGUGAUAAAGGCGUCCUAGCUUCAAAACCAAGGCUCGUUGAAGUUGAAAUUAUGAAGUUGUAUGUUGAACCUGUUAGUCUUUCAGGAUUCCUCUUUCUACAUUUUCCUGGUACAAGGAGUGUCAUCUUCUCGGGGCUCAAUGAAAAUAAAACUCGAAAAUUUUCGUAGAUAAAAGAUAUCCUUUGAAUUUUCUCUUUAGUGUAUACAUCGGGACCUUGCCUGCAGAAACGUGCUUUUAGGAAAGAACCGCAUACCGAUGGUGGCAGACUUCGGACUCGCUCGUGAUAUCUAUGAAAGUGGGAUGUACGAAACUACAACCGGGGUAAGACCCGAUGUUCAUUCAUCUCCAAAUAUGACCUCCAUGCAUCUUACUUACUAAACUGAUGUUGUCUAAUCUUGCAGUUGUAUUUUACAAUAUACACUAAACAUAUGGUCCAGAGGGAAACGGUUGGUUUUGUUUUCCCGAGAGUCCUGAUGUUUCCCGAGACGAAACAUCAGGACAAAAUAAAAUAGCAUAAAUAAUACCAAGACAUAAAUAACUAGUUAGUUUCCCGAGAGAUCAUACCUUAAGUGCUUUGUUAUAUAUUUAGACUUUCCCUUAAACAAUCAUAUAGCAAAAACAUGCUGUUGUAUUCGGCGCGCGGGCAACAACUGCGCAAUUGUAUCCCAGUCGGGAUACCUUUGAAUUAUUUGAUCAGGGGCACGUGACCAAGAAUAAAUUAAUCGCAGUGCUCGUUUUGCUGAGUAAAAGUCUAGGUACAUAACAAUGUGUGAUAAAAGUAAAUGAAUUUAUCAACUGCUUUGAUUUGUAGACCUUGGCAUGUAACUGGUGCGAGUUAAUUCCGCACACAGGUAUUCUGUGUCCUAAAAGAGUUGAAUGUAGUUUCAAGUUAUUUUAGAAUUAUCUUUUACCUAAUGCAGGGUAAACUUCCGGUCAGGUGGAUGGCUUUGGAAUCACUGCAAGACUACUCCUAUACUUCUGAGAGUGAUGUGUAAGUAUUUUAUGGCUAAAAGCUAUACAGACUGCUAUCUUCCUGAGAGAUAAAACUUCGUUCAUUUUUCACAAGCGAGGCACAGAAAAAAAAAAAAAAUGAAUCUGCCAAGAGACAUAGAACAUCACGCUUACGGAUUUCGCAAUGCAAUGCUCUACCAUUGUGCUAAAGUGAGUGGUAAGCUAAGUGGUACUUCACGCAGUAAUUCCAUGUGUAACACUGACCGACAAUAAUUUCAAAAGUGUCGUGUUUGUGUAAACCAAUAACGACGUUUGAUAAACUAUUUAUUUGUUUUUUUUAAACCAGAUGGGCAUACGGUGUUGUUUUGUGGGAGAUUGAAACUGGUGGUGAGUUGCAUUGGCUUCUUGAUUAUGGCUAACCCUUUACACCAUAAUAUCAGUAUGCAUUUUCUCCACACUUUUCUUUUUACAUUUCCUGAGAUGCUGACAAGGAGAAUUUGUUUGCCAAUCAAAAGGUUCCUUCCCUGGUGAUCAUUUCCUCUUUCCUCACGACCUUAAUGUGUGAUUCAGAAAGUGAUAUUGUAGGGAGAAAUUAGAUACUAGUCACUCUUAGGGUUUAAAGUUUUUUUUAUCUUUUUCUUGUCAAUUGUUGCAUUGGCUUUCUAAGUUUUUUAUGUUUUUUUGUUUUGAUUUUGUUUUGUUUUUUAUUUGUUUGUUUGUUUUAAAUAUCAGUCUCUCAAAUUUACUCUCAGUCCUUAUAAAGAUACCUCAAAACAAAUUUAAAAUCUUCUUUUUUUUUUGCCUUUUGUCUGUCUCUUUUGAAGCCAAUGUCCCGUAUGCUGCUUUGGGAGGACAGGAGAUUGUUGAAGCUUUGAGAAGAGGAGAAAGGUUGUCAAGACCUGAGAGAUGCACUGAUGAAAUGUACGUGAAAUAACAUUUGUGAGGAAUUCUGCUGUUUUCUUUUAACUCCCUCCAAUAUAAACUGGAAUCGCUGAAAGCUAGACCUUAAUAGUUAAAUAACUAAAGGACGCAAAGGUGUCAUCACUUGUGGUGACCGCUGGAUGGUUAGUCUGCCUCCAGCCUCUCAUUAGCGCUGCGGUACGCGCGGCCAAGCCAGCCAGAAUUGAUUGGGUGAGUGAAACGAGUGUACGAUGAGUCUGUUAGCAGUCUGGCACUAAAAUUGAGUAUAAGACUCUCACGCGUUCGCAUCUUUUGCCAGCUCGUACCUGCGUGCUUCACAGCUUCUGUCCCAGGCCCAUUUAGAGUCUGGUUGCAGGCUCCUUGCCGGUCAGCUGGCUGGCUGACUGAGUAGACUACCAAGACUAAGAGAGAUUUUUUUCUCGUCGGACUUAGUCAGCCUGGCUGUCCAUGGCUGCUAACUGCUAACUUAAUGGGCCAGUUAACACUUAUUCUUAGAGGAGGCUAGUGACUUGAGAGCAUGCUUUUUUCUGUAAUAUUCCUGGGUAGCUGACGUCACCUUUCCUGUAAUCGUUAAAUCUUAAUGGUAGGAAUAUUAAAGAAAAUUAUAUUUUCAUAAUAAUGGGAGAGUUGUAAUGGUUCAUUUUCUCCCGGCUAAUCUCAAACUCUUGAUGUAACUGAGUGUUAUUAAGUUAUUAGGCACAAUUUGAGGUUGUGAUUGGCAUCUCUGGUGUGACUGUCACAAAAUCGAAUGAAGAUCGAUUCUGUUUUUAUCAGGCUUACGUCUAUGCUUUUCGUUCAUUUUAAAAUAAUUUUAACUUAUUUCAAUUGCUUUUCAGAUAUGAAAUCAUGACAAAUUGCUGGCACGCUGACCCAAAGGAAAGGCCAACUUUCGAAGAUAUUGUUAAGCUCACCGAAAGAAUGUUAUUGGAGGAUUCUGUAAGUCAUAAUUAUAGAGCAUGCGCACGUAUGAGCGUAUGAACCUGAAAAGUUACUCAAUUUAUGAGCAAAGUUUCACGUAAAAAUCUUUGACCUUGAUUUUGAGAUUACUUCAUUAAUAGCUGAAAUGUGGCAGCGGCAAACUUAAGGAUUAAUUGUUAUGAGUACUUAUCCCAUUUCAAUAUCCGCGCUAUUUCAUCGAUUUGGUUGUUUUUGAGUAACAGUUAAUUAUCGUAUCAUAGCUUAUCGUUCUACUUCUUCUCAGUGUUCCCUUGUAGAUUCACGUCUUUCCCUUUUCCUCGACUCCCGUCCAAAAACCAUUUUGUGUUACUGCGUUUUUUUGUUGUUGUUGGUUUUUUUUUCGUUUGUAGUACGUUGCCUGUUAAACACCUCAUUGCCUGUUGUUAUUGUUUCGUAGGACUACUUGGAGCUCGAAGACGAAAUGGCAGAGGAAGGAGACGAAGAAGAAGACGAUACUCCUUAUGACGAAACAUCCUUCCGUCGAAUACCAGAAGAAUUUUUGUCCGAUCCUGAAACAGCAACGCAGAGCUCACAACCAGUCCUGGAGCCCGCGAGUCCCGUCCAGUUUGACGGACAACUUCCUUUAGACAAUGACCAAGAAGGGAAGGAUGAAGGAAAAGGAGAUAAAAAUACACAUUUUUAAUCUAAUCACGUAUGGCUUGAUAGCACAGUGUGGGGGUUAACAUCCUAACUCCCUGGACUCAUUAUCACAUUAGUUGUCAUAAUAAUAGAAAUAUAUUAUCUAGCCAGCAGUUUGCGAGAAUUGGCAAUCUAAUAAGUUCAGUAGAUGGUGUUUCCUUUAUAAAACACCUUAUUCUCUUAACAAAAUCUCUGAGGAAGUCUGUAACAACCAGGAGAGAAAACUAAGGACCAGGUCAAGGAAGUGUAAGGCUAAGAGUUAUCGUCACAUGACCCGCAAGGCCCCGCAUACGCUCCAUGUAAAAACACAAUGUAAACAUCCCCGUAUGAGGGCCGAAGGCGAUGGCGCGAGCAAGACCAGGAAAACCUUCCCGCCCUGUGUAUCCAAAUCUUAGGAAGGUGGACCAAGGGGAAGAUAUGGAAAAAUGCUUACUGACUGAUUCAGGUGGGGCCGGACGGGAAAAUAUCUGGUUCCAAGGUUCUCCUUUGCGAUGAUAGGACUUGUCGUUUUGACAAUAUGGGCUUCUAUGAUGACCUUCUCUCACGCACUCGAAACAUCAAAUACCGCAACGACAACAGUCCCUUUUGAGGACUACUUUCACACGGACGAUCAGCCAACACGUCCAAAGCACUGUUAUCGAGAGAGAAAUUACCAGAUCAUUUUCAACCCGAUGGUUUAAAUGUUGGAAAAGGGUUAAUAUUCCCUCUGUUACGCUUCAGCGCCUUGAUAAUUUUGUUUUCAGGAAACAUUUCUUUCUCAUCAGCUUCCUCACAACUUUCCAUGUUUAGCUUAAAUUGCCGCCGAAGUCUUAACCAGUAUU